AUCGUGGAACUUGUUCGACUGGUUAGAAGUGGAAUCUACUCAUCAACUUAUUCAUCUGGAAUAGUUCAGAUCUAUUACUCUACCAGUUCCUCUGGCAGUAUACUUGGAUGGGGCAAUAUUUGUUAUGAUAGUUCAUUUGCUAGCACUGAAGCUAGUGUCAUUUGUAACCAGUUGGGGUAUAAUGGAGCAUCAAGUUAUGGUAGAGCUGGUAGCACAUCAAGCUAUGGAACUGAUAAUGCAGCUACAAUCAUUGAUGAUGUCAACUGUGCCAGUAGUAGCUAUUUGACACUGGAGCAAUGCAGUCUUUCACUAUUUAUUAAAUCCUAUUGUGUCAGUAACAGUUAUGAUGCAUAUGUAGUAUGCUAUAGUACUAGAAUCUGGGAUAAUCCUUAUUCUGGACAGAUUCGUUUACGAGAAGGUACUUAUUCAAGUUAUGGUAGACUGGAAGUAUAUUGUAAUGGACAGUGGGGUACAGUAUGUGAUGAUAGCUUUGGUUCAAUUGAUGCUAGAGUUGCCUGCCGUCAGUUAGGAUACAGUUAUUACAGUACAUAUACUGGAAAUCUUGCUGGGUAUAGCUCUUCACCUAUUUGGUUGGACAAUGUCAUUUGUACCAGCAGCAGUUCAACUUGUCUUGCUUAUUGUGAGUCUUGUCCUUCUUCACAAUAUCAUAACUGUAGACACAGUGAAGAUGUGGCUUUGGGAUGUAAGUUUAGUUCCUAUGCUACAUCCACUAAUACACUCAGCACUUGUCAAUAUGCUGACUCUUCAGCCAGUGACAUUGCUGCUAUUGUUGGAGGAGUAGUUGCAGCAGUUUUCAUAUGUAUUGUCCUCAUAAUAACAAUACCAAUAUGUAUAUGUUGUUGUUUGGGUGUUGGAAUUGGUGCUGCUGCUCGUGGCGGAAGGAGUACAACAAAGACAACUGUAGUUGGAGGAGCUAGUGAUGUUUCAUGUACUGCAGUGACCAGUCAAACAACCAGUGCUUAUCCCGCUCAGUCAGGAUAUGAUGCUAGUUAUCCACCACAGCAAGGUUACCCUCCACAGCAGGGUUACCCUCCACAGCAGGGUUAUCCCAUGCAAGAUAAUUCUGACAGCAUAUGA